AUGCCGGACAUAGAAAAAAAAGAACUUUUGCGUCGUCGAAGAGAAGAUAGGGCUGCCAAAAAAAAAGAAGAACGUCCUCUCUCGCGUAUUCGCAAGGUUCCGCUUGGUUAUGUGGAAACAGGUGUUUCUUUCCCUGAGGCACUCAGUGUCCCGACCAAUUGUAGAAAGCAACCUGUUAUGCAUGGCCAGAUGCUAAAAAGUGGGAGUUUUAAAGACGACCAUGAUAGCAUCGGUGUUAUUGCUGAAGCGUUACAGUACAUGUCAUCUCGUGAGUCUGCUUCCUUUAGUCUUCAUAGCCAUUCUGCUUCCUCUUCUAAGGAAAUGCAUCCUGCACCAGCAAGGGGUGUACUAGGAGGUGUCAACCUAGAACAUCCACUCACUGAUACGGCUAAUCUUAGGAGCUGUCACCCUACAUCCCUCCAAGGAAAACGAAAAAGUUCAGCCUCCUGUUCUUUUACGGCUACGCCUGAUCUGCAUCUUUUUAACAAAAAAAAUAAGAACUCUGCCUUUGUAUCAGGGAUAGAUGAACUAACAAACUUUCUGGAAGCUCCUUACUGUGACAAAGAGAUCCUGCCUAUGAACAAUCUUUUUGAAAAUGUGAUUCAAUAUUGUCCUAUAACUGAUUUUCCCAUGAAUUCUAAAAAGGUAUAUUCUCCUCUUCAUGAGUGCCCAAGUCUUGGAACAAAAACUGCUUGCUCUGAACCUUUUUUGCUGCCUGACCAAACAAGCAGCUUUCCUCUUCUAUUUGAUAAAUCCAUACGUCCAUUUUCCACUGAGAAACAAGUUUUACCUGAUAAUGGACUUUUUGAAAAUGUUGUUAAGUUCUCUCCUUUGUCUAAUCCUUAUAUGGACUUUGGAAAAAACCAGCCUGUCUUGAAUGAUAUCCAUAGAGAACUAUAUCUGCAAAGAGAGACAUCUGUCUCUCAAAAACAAUCUUCUGCAUCAGCAGCAACUUCUCAAGGGAAAAAGGGUCACCGUCGUAGUUCUUCUGCUCUCCGAUCUAGAAAGCAGCCUUCUGGUCAAGCUCGUAAUUCUCAUGAACAUGUCAGGAAGCAGGCUCCGGCGAGGCCUCGCAGAGGUCGCCAACAGGGUCUUUUUCAGCUUGAUGAGAUCCCUCAUGAAGCCAUUACCCUUCCGGAUGUUCCUAACUGUCACCACUGUGGAGCUAAGAGGUUCUAUUUAGAACCUCCUAGCUUUUGUUGCUCUGGCGGAGAGAUCUCUUUAGUUAUUCCAGCAAUGCCUUAUGAUCUUAAGCGCUUGUUUAUCGGAAAUGACGAAGAAAGCGCACACUUUAGGAAUAAUGUUCGAACCUAUAAUAAUAACUUGGGCUUUACAUCCUUUGCUGCGAGGUAUGACCCAGAAUUGACCAAAAAUACGAAAGGUGUUUAUACCUUUCGUAUUCAAGGCCAAGUCUAUCACUUCCUCAAUGGUUUGACGCAGCCAGCUGACAAACCAUCAGGAAUUCAGUUCUACUUCUUUGACACUGAUGAAGAAUUAGCAAAAAGAACUGGAGCCUGUGAAAAGUUGCGUGAAAGCACUUUAAAAUUCCUUAUGCGCAUCCUUUUGAAUAAUCCUUACACCAAAUUCUUUAAAAGCCUCAGGGAUAUACCAAACCUUGACAACUAUAAAAUCAUCCUUAACUGUUACCCUGGUUUAGACCAACGUGUCUAUAACCUGCCAUCCACCUCACAAGUUGCUGCCAUAUGGACUGAAGAUGAAAAUGAAACAGUAGACAGGAGUGCUCAUAUUCAGGUCUAUACUCACUCACAUACCAGUCAUAGGAUUAAUCAUUACUACGGCUGUUAUGACCCUCUACAAUAUCCUAUUCUUUUUCCUCGAGGUGAAUGUGGAUGGCACCAUGGUAUUAAAAGACUAUAUAAGAGGAAAAGAAAUGGGGACUCCUGUGAGGACGAUUCUAACGUUGAUCCUUCUUCUGUUAAUGACCCUUCGCACUUAAUGGACUUGGAACGCAGAGCUGUCGAUCGAGCGAAGAACGAGGGAGACACGGUAUCAGCUAGAGAGUAUUAUUGCUACAGAUUUCAGAUAAGGGAUGAUGAUGAAUCGAUGCUAUUGCACUGCCUUAGGCUUCUACAGCAAUUUUCUGUUGAUUCUUAUGUGAAGAUAGAAACUUCGAGGUUGGACUUCCAUAGGCAUCAACAAACUGUGAUAAGAUCGGAGAUCCUCCAAGGAGUCUUGGACAGUGUUUCUAUAGGCCAGUCUGAAGGGUCUAAAGUCGGUCGUAGGAUAGUUCUUCCAUCCUCUUUUAUCGGCGGCCCGAGAGACAUGAGGCGCCGGUAUCUUGAUGCAAUGGCGCUCGUUCAGAAAUAUGGUAAACCUGAUAUUUUCCUUACCAUGACCUGCAAUCCAGCAUGGAAGGAAAUUCAGGACAAUCUAAAGUAUCAUGAGAAGCCGCAAGAUAGACCGGAUCUUCUAGCCAGAGUUUUUAGAGCUAAAUUUGAGAUGCUCAAGUCUGAAAUUUUGAAUAAGCAGAUUUUUGGUGAGGUCGCAGCAUGUGUCUAUGUUAUUGAGUUUCAAAAGCGUGGCUUUCCCCAUGCUCAUUUACUCUUGAUCUUAAAACCUCAGUCCAAGCUGCUUAAUCCUGAAUCUUAUGAUAAGGUUGUCUGUGCAGAGUUACCUGAUCGUGCUCGUUACCCUCACCUAUACAAUCUUGUUGUCAAGCAUAUGAUCCACGGCCCUUGCGGGGAUAUGGAUAAAACUUGCCCUUGUAUGAGAGACGGUUCAUGCAAAAGUCGUUAUCCCAAAGAUUUUUGUUCACAAACAACUCAUGCUGAAGAUGGUUACCCACAUUAUAGAAGAAGGGAUGAUGGUAGAAAAAUAAAGGUCCGACGGUUUACUCUCGAUAAUAGGUGGGUUGUGCCUUACAACCCGUACCUCCUUGCUUUGUUUGAUUGCCACAUAAACGUCGAGAUCUGUUCGACUAUAAAGCUGGUGAAGUACUUGUACAAGUAUGUGUUUAAAGGUCAUGAUCUGGUUUCUUUUAAGGUUGUAACUGAUGCCGGUCCUCCUGAUAUCGAUGAAAUUACUGAGUUUCAAAAGGGUAGAUAUAUUUCGCCUCCCGAGGCUUUUUGGCGCAUCUAUGAAUUUCGUCUAAAUGAGAUGACUCCUUCUGUUUAUACACUCCAAGUUCACCUUCCGAAUCAGCAGUUUGUUUCCUUUGAUAAAAACUCAGAUCUCUUGCUAUUAUUAGCCAAGGCUGACUUUUCAAAAACCAUGUUAACUGAGUUUUUCAAAAUGAAUGCAACAAAUGCAGUGGCUGAAAAUCUUAAAUGUUUCUAUAGGGAUUUCCCUCAGCAUUUCGUUUGGACUGCUAAGUAUAGACACUGGACAGAAAGGAAACGUCGGAAAGUGAUAGGUAGACUUGUUAGUGUUAGUCCAACAGAGGGAGAGUGA